AUACUAUGCAGCUAGUGAGUAGUAUUCAAAUCUUAGCGUAUGGAGAACAGUAGAAUGACUGAGGGUCUGGGAGGAGAAUUGGAUUGGGAAGCACCUGGGUAAAUUCCCAGAUUCAAAGUAAACAAGAUCGCGUGUGACCGCCCGAUUUCCCCUUUUGGGGUUCCACCUCCAUCACAUCCCCCCAUUCCCCAUUGUUUUCCUUCGUGAGAUCCACUGAUCCACUCUCGAUUUAAUAGUCGCCUUUGACCCGCUCGUGCGGGUGGCCAUUCCCUUGCGACUCGUCUUGUCUUUCAGCUUUCUCCUAUUUCUAGCAGCUGUGCAGUGUCGUGGUGUCGCGUAUUCUUAACAUACCGUUCAUUCUCUAUAUACACCAACUCGCGCUCUCGAAGAAAGAGCGUGCACACGAGCCACUAUGCGCGUCCCCGUUUCACUCUCGCUAGCGGCGCUGAGCCUAGUAGGAUCGACGGCGGCUCAUCCGUUGGCCGACACUGAAGAGGUCUUGCACCGCGAUUCAGAUGCUCAACAGAAGGCCGACGCGGUCAAGGAGGCCUUCCAACAUGCAUGGGAUGGGUAUAUGAAAUACGCUUUCCCUCAUGAUGAGCUCCACCCAGUGAGCAACGGAUAUGGCGAUUCCAGGAAUGGAUGGGGAGCGUCCGCAGUGGAUGCACUUUCCACUGCGAUCAUCAUGGGCAAAACGGACGUGGUCAACACCAUUCUGAACCAUGUCGCAACGAUCGACUAUAGCCAGACCGACUCCGAUGUCAGCCUGUUCGAGACAACCAUCCGCUACCUUGGCGGCAUGCUCUCCGGCUAUGACUUGCUCACCGGACCAGCUUCCAGUAUGGUUCAAGACUCGACGCUUGUGGACAACCUCCUGACCCAAGCAAAGAACCUGGGCGAUGUCCUGAAGUUUGCCUUUAAUACUGGAUCUGGUGUUCCUUACAACAAUAUCAACAUCAUGUCCCAGGCCAACGACGGUUCAACCACCAAUGGCCUCGCCGUAACGGGCACCCUGGUGCUUGAAUGGACGCGAUUGUCUGACCUGACCGGAGACGAUGAGUAUGCAACCAUCAGCCAGAAGGCAGAGUCGCAUUUGCUCAACCCACAGCCCUCCAGCGGUGAGCCGUUCCCCGGCCUCGUUGGCAGCAACAUCAACAUUGAGAACGGCCAAUUCACCGAUGGGUACGUUUCUUGGGAUGGUGGUGAUGACUCUUUCUACGAAUAUCUCAUCAAAAUGUAUGUGUAUGACCCGAAGCGUUUCGCCACAUACAAAGACCGCUGGGUGCUGGCCGCCGAGUCGACAAUCAAUCACCUGCAAUCGCACCCGGAACCCCGCCCAGAUCUGACCUGGCUGUCUUCAUACCAAAAUGGCAAGUAUUAUCUCAGCUCGCAGCACUUGACUUGCUUCGAUGGAGGUAGCUUCCUCUUGGGCGGUACGGUUCUAGGUCGUGAAGACUUCAUUGAUUUCGGGCUUAAGCUGGUCGAUGGAUGUGAGGCUACUUACAACGCGACUUUGACCAAGAUCGGCCCCGACUCCUGGGGCUGGGACCCCAACAGUGUCCCCAGCGACCAGAAGGCCUUUUAUGAGAAAGCCGGCUUCUACAUUACCAGCGGUGCAUACAUCCUCCGCCCUGAGGUGAUUGAGAGUUUCUACUAUGCCUACCGUGUUACAGGCAAGCAAUUUUAUCGUGACUGGGCUUGGAAUGCGUUCGUUGCAAUCAAUGCUACCGCCCGUACCGACUCUGGCUUCGCGGCCCUCAGCAACGUCAAUGCCGCCAACGGCGGCUCCAAGUACGAUAACCAAGAGAGCUUCCUCUUUGCUGAGGUCAUGAAGUAUUCGUACCUCAUCCAUGCAGACGAUGCUGAGUGGCAGGUGAAGACGGGCGACAAGAACACCUUUGUUUUUAACACUGAGGCUCACCCCGUGCGCGUGAAGCACACUUAGGCCGGCAUUCUUGGCUCGAACUUGUCUUCUAGUAGAUAAUCACCGG